AUGGGAUUUUCGAUUCUGCCACCGACCGAGGUGGGCUGCCCCAUCCCCGAAAACACGCCACAUGCCGUUUCCGUCACUCUACCGACCUGGGAAGCCACCGUUGCCUACGAAGAGGGCGAGGACUGGGUGGUCCAGAAGAUGAGCUCGGGCUACCCCCGAUUUUUUGUGCAUUCGCGGAUCCAAGAACUUUGCGCCUGGGCCGAGCAACGCUACGGCCGUCCAGGAGAAUGUGCCUGGGCCUUUCCCACUUUUGAGAUUGCCAAACGAUGUCGAGAUUUCGUGCGAGCUCGAAGUGACCACAAAAAGAUCCGGAUCAUGCAACUGACAACCCCGCACAAUGAUGAGGGCGUGCCGCCGGUGACAAUCGUCUUUGUUUUUGUUCCUGUUGCCCUCAAGCCCAUCUGCAAGCAGUACUGGCAGCACACAGGCGAGGGUAUCUCUUCGCGACUCGGAGAGUUCUGCUUGGAGGAGUUCUCGGUGAUCCCCAAAACGGAUGGCCACGUGAAGGACUACAACGCCUUCCAUGGCUCCAAAUUCGAAGAAAAAGUGUCCGCUAAGCCUAUCUCAGAAUCCGCCGAGAUGCAGACAUUUGUGGAGGAGCGUUUCGGCCGAAAUCUGGACGGCAAGUUCGCCGCAGAGGCCAAGGAGGCUCUACAAAAGCGAAUCUCUAGCCAGAUCAAACACUGCUCGCAGAAUGACGUGUUCCUGUACCCCACCGGCAUGACCGCCAUCUUUUCAGCCCAUAGAGCGAUACUGGAGAUCGCUGGCGACCACAAAUCAAUCUGCUUCGGAUUCCCGUACGUCGACACUCUCAAUAUCCUGCGAAAAUUCGGCCCUGGUGUUCAUUUUCUGGGCAAUGGAGAAGAUGUCGAUAUUGACGAGGUGGAGAGACUGUGCAAGGAAGAGAAGAUCUUGGCCUUGUUCUGCGAGGUGCCCAGCAACCCUCUACUCAAGACUCCUGACCUCAAACGACUCAGAGCUCUUGCUGAUAAGUACAAUUUUGCCAUUAUUGUCGACGACACUGUGGGCAACAUGUUGAACAUUGAUGUGCACGACUACGCCGACGUGGUUGCUAGUUCGCUCACAAAGGUCUUUUCUGGCGAUUCCAACGUCAUGGGAGGCUGUGUCGUGCUGAAUUCAAAGUCUCCAUGGUACUCCAAGUUCCAGGAGACUCUCGAACACCAAUAUGAAGACACAGUUUGGGGCGAAGACGCCAUUUACCUGGAGCGAAACUCACGAGACUUUGCCGAACGAAACAGCCACAUUAACCAAAACGCCGAGGCUGUGGUUGAGUUGUUGGAAAAGUCGCCUCUUGUUAAGAAGGUGUUUUACCCCAAGACUGCGCCUUCCAAGCAUCACUAUGAGGCCAUCAAGACGGAGAAUGGAGGUUAUGGAGGACUCGUGUCGAUUGUUUUGAACGACGAGGACUCAGCCAAGCGGUUUUUUGACACUCUUCAGACUGCCAAGGGUCCUUCGCUGGGCACAAACUUCACCCUCACGUGUCCCUACGCCAUUCUGGCUCACUACGGAGAGCUGGACUUUGUCGAAAGCUUUGGAGUGGAUAGAAACCUGGUGCGGAUCAGUGUGGGUCUGGAGCCCAAGGAGGAGUUGAUUAGGGUGUUUGAGAAGGCUCUGAGUGUGUGUCAGUAG